AUGAGUGAACCAACCCAGCCAGAUUCCCGCAAAGAUAAAGAGUGUCGGAUAUGCCAUCGCGUCUUCGCCCGGUCGGAGCACUUGACUCGCCAUUUUAGAACACACACCGAUGACAAGCCCUUCGCUUGCCCAAGCUGCAGUCAGUCGUUUCGCCGGCUAGACUGCGUCGAUGUUGACGGUGCCUGCACCUAUCCACCUUCAACGCCGUCGGCUGCUGCUCAAGCUGGCGGUCGACUGCUCGCAGCUGAAACAACGUCCACGGCGCAGGCGCAGUUUGUAGCGAACACCACGAUAGGCUCUCCCUUGCAAGCACGAUUACAAACCACAACUCCGGGACUACCUCCACAGUACGCGCCACACGAUCAGACCAACGAUUUUCUUCUGGGCGCAAGCAGUGCCAUCGAAUAUACCCAGGCGCCUAUGGUAACAGCGAAUGUACAACCACCAAAUGCGCCGUUGAGUGGGCACGUGGCUGCCCGCGCAUGUAGCGUUGUGGGAUCAGACGCCGGGCUUGCCAAUCCUGAGUGGCUAUCAGCCGACUUCUCUGAAUCUAUGCUGUGGCUGGAUGGUCCUGAGUAUGACGACCAGAACUGGGAGCCAGUUGCGUGGCCGCAAACCCCGCCGGUUGUUAUUCUCUCAGAUUCGUCACCUGGAGGACCCUCUUCAUCAAAUCUUACCCCAUUAGUAAAGGAUUACUUCCUUCGCAAGGCCCGUAUCUCGACCCUGACUCUCGAUCAGCCUGAGUGUAUGUGGUACUCGAGUCAGCCUCCGAGGACGAGCCCAGAUGAGUUUACAACAAACAUCUUUCUCAAUAUUUUUCGCCGUCAUAUCCCGCCGACAUUCGCCCUAUUCGAGGAGCUAGAUCCAUCGGGAGCUGCAAACUCCUCGUAUUGUAUGGCAAUGGCUGCCGUUGGUGGCUUGUUUUGCUCGACUCAAGGCAGCUAUAACGUUGCGAGAUCAUUGUACAACGAUUCUAGAAGGAUUUUGCUUACGAGAGUAAACUGCACGUUACAUUGCUCAGAUCCUAAUUCAGCUUUGGAUCCUACCACGGCUCUACGAGAAGCAAAAACCUUCAUUCUGUUGGAGAUCUAUGGGCUUUGCAGUGGUGACAGGCGCAGCUUCGAAUUCUCAGAAGCCAUGCACGACGACACAACGUGGGCGGUGCGGCGAUAUAUACGACAACAGCAGAAUACGGGCUCAAGCCAACGCAUAAACCUCCGGCUUUUAGAGUGCAUGUAUGUGCUCGACUUGUACCGCGUGUUACUUAUGCGGAGGCCACCUAGCUUGGGCGAAUAUGACAUUGCUGCACUUUGCAGUCAUGACAGGGGCAGCGAAGGUGAAGCCACCGAACUGUCCUCUUUUUCCCGCCUAGUGGAAAGCUUUGUCACACCAGGGUACCCUAUCGACCCUAUAACACUUCAGAGUCACAGUAUUUCUAGUCUUGGAGCACUGAGUGCGUACCUCUGGCCGGUCACUCGCAUGUCCUUCAACCAGCAGACGAGCGGCGGCGGAGCGCCAGCGCAGAACCCCCUUUGGAAGCGGGACUUUGUUGCUCUGGCUUGUGACAAGUGGUGGAACUCCCAUCAGCCGAACAGCGACCCAUUCACUGCGAUUCUAUACCACUGCGCGAAGCUUAUAGUCCACGCGGAUAUCGAACUCCUCGAGAGCUACUUCUCCCGGUCCUUACAGAAGGAGAGGCGAGGCCAUGCCGAACUGGCGGAGUAUAAAAAGGUACGUGCCUGGUCAGCGAGCCACGAUGGCGCCAUUGCUUCAUCGCACGGCAACGCCGUAUUUCUUGUGGCUGAGAGUCUUUGGUGCCGAGAUGGUAAUGAUGAAGGCUCGCUGGCCCAUGGAAGCUACUUGUGGGCUACAACGCAGCCCAGUACCGACCCUCCGCAUAUGCCAUACAUCAUCUACUUUGCGACAUUGGUACUCUGGGCUCAAGAUGUCGCCAGGAGCGGCAGCGAGGAUGCAUUGGCUGGUGUUGCUCUGCUUGCCCAAGGCCAGCGACUACUGAGAAAAUGUACAUCGCGUAUCGCAGCUCUCAUGGAGCGCGUCUUGGGGUCAUGGAACUAG